AUGGAAACCACUCACACAUGCCGGCUCCGACCUACCACUCCAACACCGCCUUCGCCACGCCUACAGCGCAGCCGCAGCGGAGCUCCGGCCAUUUCUCCACUUGAACAAAGCCGCACAUGUAAUAAUAGUAGCCUAAACUCCCUGAACAGAUCAAAAUCAACCACAAGAUCAAGAACCUCAACGUCCCAGCAGCAGAAAAACGAAGAGUAUGUCCACCCUUCAACUAUUCUAGCAAGCAUGCAACAAAAGAAGACUAAAGAGAGUAACGACAUGAACAAAGAUGGUUUCGUUAGGUUUCUGCAACGAGGCAUUCCACGUAAUAAUAACAGUGCUAUUUGUUCUAGUGCAGCUAAGAUUAAGAGUACUAAAUCAGUCAAGAGUUCUCCGUCGGCGUGGGCGUUGUCGCCGGGACGGUCUUCGCCGUACUUGGUAGCACCGGAGUCGCCGAGACCGGCGCUGGCACCGGUGCCUGCCGAGACACGGAGGGCCAAGUCCAGUGCCGUUGGUGGUGUAAGUGGGGUUUUGAAGUAUUUUAGACAGAAGAAGGUGUCACCAGUUCAAGAAGGAGAGUAUAAUAGAUUUCGAGUUCUGCAUAAUACGUUGGUACUUUACAGGUUUGCCAAUGCUAGAGCUGAGGUUUCCAUGGCUUCUCUAAAGAAUGUUUCAGAGUUGGAUGGAAAAAAUUGUGAAGCAGUGAGCCGGGUUACAAGAAAACUAUCAGCAUUGUCUGUCAAGGUCCCUUUUGAAGAUGCGAAGGCAGACGUGGAGUCUGUAUACGACGCAAUGAACAAGGCCUUGGCAGUCAUGGAUGGCAUAGAAGAAACUGUAAAAAGAUUCCUUCCACAGGCUGAGAAAAUGCUGUAUAUGCUGACGGAGCUUAUAACCACAGCGGAAGGAGAAGAAGAGUAUUUGAAAGAAUUAGAUACCAUUUUCCCCUUGGUUCCAUCUUUAAUGGAGUGGUAA